CAUCCUCACCUGCUCCAUGUGGGUUCAUCUUCCUUUCAUCCUUCCUGCCCCUCUCUCAGAGCUCCCGUGUCUCCAUGGGGAAAUGGUGGUUACUAGCUGUUGGCUGGCACCAUCCUCGCCUGGAAGCUGUACUAAAGGCCCUGCUUCUUCUCUUCCUUAUGGAGGCACAGCUUCCAGCGCACUCCUGCCCUGUGUUGACUGAGCAACUCCAUGGCAAAACUGCCCCGUAGAGAGACAAGUUCAGCGUGUUCUCCCUGUGCUGCAAUGAGGCUGUCCCUGUGCUGCAAUGAGGCUGGGCUCCAGGCAGUGGCAGCUGAGGCCAUGCCAUGGCCAGAUUUCCACCCCAGCAGCUGCAGCUCCCAGCAGUGCCCCUGGUGUCUGUGCUGGUCACAUCUGUGCCGCUGUUGGCACUUACUCCAGAUCGGGGUCACACAGGGCUUCUGGCAUUUUCACACCUGUGUGCAAGCUGACUGUAAGAUUCACGUCCCUUUUUACAGCUUCAUUAGGCCCCAUCACUUUUUAUUUUUACAGUGGGAUGAUCCACUGAUAGCUGUAAAUCCGGGUGGAGAUGAGGCACAGAUGGCUUUCACUGCAGGCUGGUUUUGCAAGGUCAUUCACAGCCGGGUGAGAGCACAGGCGGUGGCCAAGCUGGCAGGGCAUGUUGUGAUGCCACAGUGACAGUCCCCUCUAAGCAGAGACACCGGGAACACUUUCAUUCACCUUGAACUUUAAUUUGCUCUUUCACACCUAGUUCAUUGGUGUGCUAGGUUCGAUUUGUGGUUUGAGUGCGCUUUUGACCAUCCGAGGGGGUAGCGUGUGGAAGCUGAGCUUUACUCCCUUGGUUACUGGGGGAAACUUGAGCCAGGCAGGUGGUGGCAUCUGAGCCACAACUUCUUCGCUCUGUGCUAAUUGCUGUGAAUGUCACAACACAGCCAGGUUUGCUACCGGGGGCAGAUUGGGUAGCAGUCGAAUAGUGAGGUACAUCUCAGUUGUGGGAUUCCCUUCCCCUUGGGACUUGGAGUCCCUCUGGGCUGCAGCUCCCAUAAGGAUGCAGAUGUCCUGUCUUCAUCAGGAGUUCAGUUUGACUGUACAAGUGCUAACAAGCAGUGCAGCCCUGUGGGUAUGGAGUGGCCCUGGAACCUUUCUUGCAGAGCUUGGCAGGGUAGCAUCUCUCCUUGAGAAUGUGUAGCUCCUGUGUGAUCCUGCAUGGGAUGUUCCAUAUUGUACAGCCUCUUGCUGAGAUGCUGCUGACCUGGUAUGUGCUGGAGACUGAGGCUGAUUCACAGGUUGAGGUCUGGCAAGUGUAGGUCUGUCUGACCCAGCCCUGUGGUGGUGAGAGCUGCUAUCACAGUGCUACAGAGCAACCCCAGGGUCUCCAAGCUACACUUUAACUGCUGCAUCUAGGGCUUGACUUUCAGGUGAGACAGGAGUGUGUAUGUGUGUUGCAAGAAAACCAAGAGGAUGAUGGUCGAUGCUCUGCUUACCCUUCUUUUUAUACUUUUUCUUUUUUUUUAAAAAAAACUUGCAAGCAUAUGAGAGCUGGAAGGUGGAAGAGCCAGCCAGUCUGCUUGGAAUACAAAUUCCUAUCGCAGCUGUAUCCAGGGGCCCUCCAGGCAUGUGUUAAAGCAAGACAAAUAACUGGCUCAUGGUUUGUUUUCUCUUUCCCUUCUCCCCAGGCAAGAGGAUGUUGCGGGUGUGGUGCAAUAGUUCAUUCUAGGAGGAUUCAGGACACUUACGUCUGCAGCUCUGUAGUCUGCCAGUUGCUCCUUGCAGGAGAUUUUUCUGUAGGACUGCAGCGGGGAGGAAUAUGAGUGCACAGCACUGCCAGUCUCUGCUGGAAACCAAGGUGUUGAUGUUAGAACAGCCUUGCAUUUGCUCCUUGCUGCCUUCUCAGCACUGAGCUCUUUAGGGUGCCCUCAGACCUCACUGAGCCUUUCUCCGGGGUUACAAAGGUAAAAAAAUGUUCCUUUUAAAAGCAGGGCUGAGGUUCUCACCUAGCUGUGUAACCUUGGAAGCUGAAGCUUUAAGGAAUGGGGAGAAAAAAAAGCAGACAUUUUGAUGCUUGUAGUGGAGUCAGGAGAGCUGAUAGUGGAGCAUAUGGUGCAGCCUGGAGACACAGACCUGUAAGAGUGGGCUCCAACAGCUGUGUGGGUCCAAGGCAGGCAGCUUCUCCUUGCAGACAGGGCUGCUGCCCCAUGGCCCUGGCUGGCAGUCAGGCACCCCUGCAUGUUUACAGGGUACAAGCUUUCCUGCAGAUGUCCCUCUCUGCAGUUUCCUUUGCAUCCUCUGAUUUCAUGUGAGAUGCCAGCUCUUCUUUGACUUGGUCUGGGGAGACUCUUGGGGAGCUCAGCAGAUUGUGAUGUGGUUUUCAUCCUGCAGGAAAAGCAGCUCACCCUGCUCUCCUCAUGGUGCACUGGGCUGGGUGCUGUGCCCUGACAGGGUAACAGUGCCUUUUAUGCCGUUUUCUUGUUUCAGGCCAGCAAAGAUGUUGCUGUAGAUGACUGACUUGCUUGUGCCUCACGUGCUAUGGCUCUACAUGGCCUCUUCAGGACCAGACCAUGCUAAUCUGGGCCCUAAACAGGAGAAGAGUGUUGGGCCCAAGUCAGGCACCCUUCUGGCUGGGAGACCUCAGCCGUGCUGGGCCUGGCGCCUCUCUCAGCAGCAGGCGAAACCCACCUGGAAUUUAGAGAAGAGGUAUGUGAGUGCUUUCCAGGAUCGAAUCCUGCUGCCCUCAGGGAUCCCUCUGCAGCAAUCCUGCUUCUUGUGCUCACCGUCACUAUGCCACGCACAGCCCACUGAAGACACCCUCCAAAGCCCUCCUGGCACUGCCUCUGCCACGGGAAGGGCGAUGUCUUCCUCGCUGAUGGAACCCUGCCUGCUUCCUGUGCUGGUGGAGGAGCAGUCUGGGACUGGGGUCAAAGGCUCUGCCCUCAGCUCAGGUCAGCAGGCUACCAGCUCCUAUAGACCAGUGCUCAAUAACAACUCCUUCCUACGUCCAAGCAGUGCUAAAGUGCCUUUUCUGCAGUCACUGGAGAUCAAAAAGGUGGAAAAAUCCCACAGUUCUCCUGCUGCCUCAUGGCCCCACUCUGGGGGCAAUGGAGACAGCUUCUCUAGCAGCCUGAUCAAUGGAGCAGUGACGAACAGUGACCUUGUGUUGAAGAAAACCAUGGUCCCCUCCCUGACCCUUGUGCCAAGCAGUGCUGUCCUCAGGAAGGACCAGUGCUCAUGGCAGAACACUCAGAAGAGAGUUCACAGCUCAAAGGAGAAGGAGCCGGAGAAGAGCCUCUUGAAGGCUGUGCAGCAGCUAGCCAGUCAGGCUGCCGCACGCAACGGCUUUGGGUGCCAAGUCAGAAGUUCUGGCCUUACAAAGGUGGGCAGCCUGUCCAACUGGAACAGCAGGAGGAGGCAGCACGUCGGAGCGCAGCUCACCCCGAAAGACACUAUUGCUCCUCUGAACUUGGAGCGGGGGAGCCAUCGCCUUAACAGUAACUCGAGCCUUAGGGGCACCAGUGGUGCCGUUGCCUGCACUAACCGUGUCAGCGUCUGUCCCUUGGCCUCACGUGCUGGCGCUCCCGAUGGCAGCUCCGACUGCCGGCUCGUGGGCACGCACAGCCCGCGUGCGGGGAAUCAGGUGGUGAGAGCUGAGCCUCUACACCUCGCUGCCAUCUCUGACGUGACAAAACAGAUGUCCACCAUUCAACUGGAAAAAGAGAAGAAAUGGGUCCAGGCUGUUGUCCCAGGAAAGCUUGAUGCCACUGUUGAUCAGUCACUGCUGGAGCCAAGCCAUCCCCAGGAUGAAGCAGAGGAAGAACUUCCUGAUGGCCUGGAUGAGAGCUGCAGUCAAGAGGAGGAUGAGGACAGUGACUCGGAUGCUUCCUCUGUUACUGAUGUGUCAUCCAGUGGCUCCAUGAGUCUUGUAUCCAGGAAUUGCAUCAAGUGCCUGGCCCAGCCUGCUGAGGCUCAGGAAAAAGUGCUCAAACCAGCUCUUGUCUGCAGUUUAUUCCCUAAUGUGCCUCCAACUAUCUACUUCAGUACUCGGGAUGAGACAGUGGAAAAGCUGCCUUGGGAGCAGAGGAAGCUGCUGCGAUGGAAAAUGUGUGGAGUCACACCGAACAUUGUGAGGCAAACUGUUUGCAGGUCCCACUUCAGAGUUAGCAAAAAAAGCAAUGACUGGCUGGGUUGCUGGGGCCACCACAUGAAAUCUCCCAGCUUCAGAGCCAUCAGGGAGCACCAAAAGCUAAACCACUUCCCCGGCUCAUUUCAAAUUGGGAGAAAAGACCGUCUGUGGCGCAACCUGUUGAAGAUGCAGGCUCGCUGUGGGAAAAAGGAGUUUAACUUCUUCCCUCAGUCCUUCAUCCUGCCACAGGACAUCAAAUUACUCAAGAAGGCGUGGGAGGAAGGAGCUAGCAGACAGAAAUGGAUUGUGAAACCACCAGCAUCAGCAAGAGGCAUUGGUAUCCAGGUCAUCCACAAAUGGAGCCAGCUCCCCAAAAGGAGGCCGCUGUUAGUACAGAGGUAUCUGCACAAACCCUACCUCAUUGGCGGGAAGAAGUUUGACCUGAGGAUCUAUGUUUACGUCACUUGCUAUGAUCCCCUCAGGGUCUACCUGUUCAAGGAUGGAUUGGUUCGCUUUGCCAGCUGCAAGUACUCCUCCUCAAUGGAGAGCCUCAGCAACAAGUUCGUGCACUUAACCAACUACAGUGUGAACAAGAAGAACACAGAGUACAAGUCCAACUCGGAUGAGACUGCUUGUCAGGGACACAAAUGGGCACUCAAAGCUCUCUGGAAUUACCUGACCCAGAAGGGAGUGAAUAGUGAGGCCAUCUGGGAGAAGAUUAAGGACAUCGUUAUCAAAACCAUCAUUGCAUCUGAGCCAUACGUGAACAGCCUUGUGAAGAUGUACGUGCGCCGGCCAUAUUGUUGCCAUGAGCUGUUUGGGUUUGAUAUCAUGCUGGAUGAAAACCUCAAGCCCUGGAUCUUAGAGGUCAAUAUUUCCCCAAGCCUCCACUCCAACUCGCCUCUGGAUGUGAGCAUCAAGGGCCAGAUGGUUCGAGACCUUCUCAACCUUGCCGGCUUUGUUCUGCCCAGCAUGGACAGUGUGGCCUCAAGGCCAGAGACAAGAAGUAGCUCUACCUGCAGUCUGGAUAGUGCUUUGAAAGAAAAGCCCAAGCCAGUGUCUGAGCAUUUCAGAGCAGAGAAGAUGAAGCAGGCCUAUUACUUGAUGCAGAAGAUACCUGACCAGGAUUUUUAUUCUUCUGUCUUGGAUACCCUGACCCCAGAUGAUGUUCGCAUCCUGGUGGAGACAGAGGAUGAGUAUUCCCGGCGUGGGCAGUUUGAGAGGGUGUUCCCCAGCCACAUCUCUAUGCGGUACCUGCGCUUCUUUGAGCAGCCUCGUUACUUCAACAUCCUGGUGACCCAGUGGGAGCUCAAAUACUACUUGAAUAGACAGAAAGGUCUGGAGCUACUGAAGAACUGGUGUGUCAAAGGGUACCACACUGGGACAGGGACAGAUUUUGCCCAGAUGUGGUCGUUGCCAAAGUCUUUCUUCCUCCAGAAGAGUAGCAUUCAAUCUAAUGGCUUCAGCAAACUGGAACUGGGCAGACUGGGUACACACCUCCCUUCAGCUGGUGAGGACCUUACAAGAUGCCUGGAGCCCAGCCCUACUCAGAGUUUACCUCUCAACAAGUGCACUGGUGGAGCCAACCAGAGACCUUCUGGCUGCCUCUCGGACACCGCCCUGGUGAUGUGACCAGGCAGCCACUGGGGACACAUCAACCUACCUCAAAGGAAGAGAUGGGAGCUGGCUCUGUAGAGCAAGGACUGUGGGAGCUCCUUGCACUGCACACUUGCUUGCAGGGCUGUUUUUGGAGAGGGAUGUUUUACUGGGCAAAGAGGAGAGCUGUGUGACUUCAGCUUUCAAAACAAAUGGCAAAGCCUGAGGAAGUGGGGUUUGUCAGGUCUUUGUCCUAGGCUGCUUUUAAAUCCUGACAUGGUGGUUUAUCUGCUGCAUGGGAGCUGGCUGAGCCUGCCCUUCUUGUCCCCAACCAGCAUAGGCUGAGCCCUUGGUUGCCUGUGUCCUGAGCUGCUGGCAGCCAAGUGUGCUCUUGCCCUGCUGCAGCCUGGGCCCUGGAGAAAAGUCCCCUAUCAGUACCCCACUCCUCUGGAAGGAGCAGGGCUUGGGACCUUUUCUGAAUGCCUGUGCCAACAUCCUGCCCUAACCCCAGCAUCGGGCCCUGGGGGGAUAUCUCAGGCUUGCACAUUGCUGCCCAAGAGACACCAUGUGUAGCAGCAUGGCUGCAGUUUAUGGGGACAGUAGGGCUGCUGGAGAUGGAACAUCCUUCAGCCGAGCCCAUCAGCUCUCUGGUGUGCCCUACAGCAUACGUGUGUGGACUGCAGGCUGAUGCUCUUCUCUUGGACUCUGCUCUCUAUUUUCCAUUUGUUUCUCAAGGAUUUUUAUUAAAGUUUAACACUCAGCUGCU